AGCUCCACCGUUGUCAGCCGGGUAGCUCUAUGCUAGAGGCAAGGAAUCCGCAGCAGCAGUGUCUUUGGAGCUCUGGCAUCGGGUGGCCUGGAACACACAAGUGAAAUUGGAUAAAACGGCAUUCGAUUAACAACGUUCAGCUGCCACACUCAAGCUAAAGAAGGAAUUAGAAAAGUCCAUCCCUGUUUGAUGACUAAUGAGAAGAGUAAAGCAUGUUACGGAAGCUGUGCUGUGUGAUUCUACUCAUCAUCCAGAGGGAUACAGAAAGUACACAGGUGAUUGGAGGAAGCAGGACUGUGGUACAAGGGGAGGAUGUGGACUUAUCCUGCAGACUGAUAGAGACAGACGAGGAGCUUGAACAGAUAACAUGGCAGAAAAGUACUCAGGAAGAAAAACAGAACCAUAAUUUUAUGCUUAUUUCUCCCAAUGGGGUUACUAACUUUAUUGCACUGAAUGGAUUGAAAGGUAGAGUCCAGUUUAUUGGGAACCCAUCAGAAAACCUUGGAUCUAUUAGAAUAACAGCUGCUAGACUGUUGGAUGAAGGCACCUUCACAUGUAUCUUCAGUAUUUUCCCCAGUGGAACAUACAAUGUAGAGAUACCUCUCACUGUGCUUGUUCCUCCAGUGGUGAGUGUGACAGUCGAUGUUCCUAUUGUUGUUGGGGAGAAUGAGGUUGUCUUAGCAACCUGCGUGGCUGCUGGUGCCAAGCCACAGGCGGAGGUAAGGUGGAACACGGGUGCAUUCAGCAGUUUGUUGAGGACAGUGACCAACUCCACCCAGCAUGUCAACGGAACCACCACUGUACUCAGCCACCUGCUCGGGGCGCCAACCAGAGCAGCCAAUCAGCAGCAGGUCCAGUGUGUCGUCAACCAGUCUGCCCUGACAACAGAAAGGAGCUACAACUACACCAUAAACAUCCACUAUCCACCUCAGGCAGUGAACAUUACCCUUAGUGAGGCCUCUAAAGCCACAUUCUUCCUAUGUGUAGCAGACGGCAACCCACAACCCAACUACACCUGGAGCAGAGUGGCCCUGACAUGGCCUGGGUCUGCAGUGAGAGCAGAGGGAGACAAACUGCAACUCAUCAGUCUCAGCUCUGAGCUGAAUGGUCUCUAUGUCUGUGAGGCCUCCAACCCCUAUGGACGAGCAACUGGCUCCCUCUAUGUACACACAUCCUCUGAGACCUCUGCUGCCUGUUGGGUUUUACUCGUUGUCAUUCUAUGUCUGAUUGUUACUGCGGCUGCACUCGUAUGGUACUGGCAGAAAUACGGGCAAUUUCCUUGGAGUUCAAUCAUGGCCAAAGCACCAGAACAGACUGAAUCAGUAUCUUCCCUGAGGAGGAGACAUGACAAGGUUGAGGAAGUUAAAGGUGACUCAUUGGUUGCAACUGUCCAAACCAGGAUGGCGGCUGAGGAUGAAGAAGAAGGACCAUGAUGUGCAGCAGGAAUGCAAUGAGGAGGUGAUUGAUGAAAACUGUCUAGCAACGGAUGCUGAACAAUACUGUCAACAUGGACCCACAACACUGAGAGAAAAGGAGGCAGAGUAAACAGGAGGAGAACAGAGAGGGCGACUGAGGGGUGGAGGUGUGGGUGAGAGAAUGCACAGCACUUCUAUUUCAGGCAUUGACCACCUGAUAACAACAGCGCUGAGGUGAUGUAAAUAUAUGAACGUCAUUUGUAACAGAGCAUGAGCGACAGAUACACCUCUGUACUAUAUAGGCAGAAGGUGGUGCUCAGGGUUAAGGGCUGGCGAGCCUGUUGUGGGCUAGGAUUUGCAUAGAAGAUGGAAAGCUAAGGCUUGUUUACAGAAAAACAAGAAGCCCGUGGGAUUUUAUCUAUGGAUCAAAUGCAAUAUAUCUCAGAAAUUCACACGUUGUUUCUAGAUAGCUGUGGCGUCCCUGCCCUAUUUUUCGAUUCAGAAGAACAUUCAAAGAAUGUAUCCACCCAGUUGAUGUGUGUCCAGGCCCUGAAAUAGACAUAAAGCAAUAAGAAGACCUUGUAGUUGGGUGUAUGAAACUAGAUCUACACUACCAGUCAAAAGUGUGGACACACCUACUCAUAUUGUAUAUAGCCUCCCUACUGUUAUUUUAUUUUACUUCGGCUCUUGUUUCCUCAA